GGCGCGGGGGGCUGUCACUCCAGUGACGUCACGGCGGGAUGACCGGGCGGGCGGAGGUUAAAGUGAAAGUACCUUUUGGAAACAAAUACCUUGAUGCUAUCUUUUCUGUCCCAGAGAAGAAACCAACAUUUGGAGUGAUUCUUACUCAUGGAGCUGGGGGAGACAUGAAUUUCCCUCAAUUAGUGUCCUUGGCAGCCUAUCUUGCAUCCCAUGGAAUUCUGUGCCUGCGAUUUACUUGUAAAGGCCUUAAUGUUGCCUACAGAACUAAGGCUUUCAAAGCAGUUGUGGAAUACUUAAAACUUCAUGAUGAUUAUAAACUUUCUGGUGUUUUCCUUGCAGGCCGUUCCAUGGGCUCACGAGCUGCUGCCUCUGUGAUACGUCAGCUGAGCCAGGGUGAUGAUGAUGAUGGCUUCAUUCAAGGUCUCGUGUGUUUAUCUUACCCAUUGCAUCGACCAAAACUGCAGUCCAAGCUCCGGGAUGAGGAUUUAUUACUGAUCACGUGUCCAGUGCUGUUUGUCUCAGGAUCAGCAGAUGAGAUGUGUGAAAAACAAUUGCUAGAAGGUGUGGUGAGCAAAAUGAAAGCCCCUAAAAAAAUCCAUUGGAUUGAUAAAGCAAACCAUGGGAUGGCAGUCAAAGGACGAGCAGCAGAUGAUAUCAUGGAAGAAGUAAAUGCUCAAGUUUUUUCUUGGCUUAGAGAGAAUGUUCAACUGCAGCAAAAAUAAUUUGCAGUGUUCAAGCAGUAUCUUCAUUUAGUUUUUCCUAAAUGUGGCAAAUAAGGGAUUUGUUAUUGUUUAGAGGCAUAUUUUUCUUAAAUCGGAUGUUUUCAGAGGUCUAAGUGCAAAUGCAAAUAAAGCUUUGUAUGAAUGAAAAAAAAUGCAAAAUAAUAAUAAAGAACUUCCAGAAGUACAGAAAAUA